AUGACCUGCCCUCACACAGCAGAGGAGCCCACCUCAACCAGCCAGGCCUCCCCAGCCCUGCCUGCUGCACACCACCUCCCCAACCCACAGAACUGCCUCCCACUGACAGCGGCACUGGCACAGACCAGCCACACCCCAGCUCCAACACCCACCAGCCCCCACUCUACCCCCUCGUGUCAAGAAGAAACAGACCAGCCACACCCCAGCUCCAAUACCCACCAGCCCCCACUCUACCCCCUCGUGUCCAGAAGAAACAGACCAGCCACACCCCAGCUCCAAUACCCACCAGCCCCCACUCUACCCCUCGUGUCCAGAAGAAACAGACCAGCCACACCCCAGCUCCAAUACCCACCAGCCCCCACUCUACCCCCUCCAGUCCAGAAGAAACAGACCAGCCACACCCCAGCUCCAAUACCCACCAGCCCCCACUCUACCCCCUCGUGUCCAGAAGAAACAGACCAGCCACACCCCAGCUCCAACACCCACCAGCCCCCACUCUACCCCCUCGUGUCCAGAAGAAACAGACCAGCCACACCCCAGCUCCAAUACCCACCAGCCCCCACUCUACCCCCUCGUGUCCAGAAGAAACAGACCAGCCACACCCCAGCUCCAACACACCAGCCCCCACUCUACCCCCUCAGUCCAGAAGAAACAGACCAGCCACACCCCAGCUCCAACACCCACCAGCCCCCACUCUACCCCCUCGUGUCCAGAAGAAACAGACCAGCCACACCCCAGCUCCAACACCCACCAGCCCCCACUCUACCCCCUCGUGUCCAGAAGAAACACUGGCUGACAUCGUCCUGUUGA